AUGGCCAAGGCUAAUAACAAAGUUGUUGAUUCAAAUCCAGCCGUACCAAUGGAAAAGAAGAAAGCGAAGGAAAAAGUAUCAAAGAGUGUUACCUGCACAAUGACAACAGCAUACUUUUUGUUUCUGAUUGCCAUUCUUUCAAUCGUAUUAUCAUCAUUUAUAACUUAUUGGGUAACAAAACAAACAUAUGAUCGAUCGCUUCAAAUAAGGCCUACCGUCGAUGUUCAACAGAUAGUCUCAAAUAUAUCAGUGGAUGAGUCAUCAAUGGAAGAGUCCGAUGGUCCAACCGCAGCUGAAUUACGGCUACCAAAAGAUAUUCUACCCAUAUGGUAUAAUUUGACGAUUAAAACAUAUUUACCUGGUUAUGUGAACAUCCCAUCAACUAAGAAUAUGACGUUUGAUGCUGCAUUGACUAUCAAAUUUUGGAUUGAUGAAGAAACCGAUAAAAUUGUCCUCAAUUCUUUAAAGUUGAAUUAUCCUGAUAACGCGGAGGAAAUCAAGAUUUUACAGGAUGAAGUUAUACAAAUCGAGCAGUUUUCGAGAGUGCGACGAAAUUCGGAAAAUACAAGUUUAGACGAAUAUAACAUCACAAUGAUCAGAACAACUGAAGAGGAAGAAAAAAAAAGUACAAUGGGAAUAACAGAGAAUAAAAUGGAAAAUUCAACGUUUGCAUCAAUUAUGAAUUUAAAAGAUCCGAAAACGGAAAACAGGACUACAGAGCAACAACCAAAGAGUACUAAAGUUGUUGCUAAUGUUAAGGUGAAGGAAAUUGUUGUGAACGAAACAUUGGAAACGGUAACACUGUUGCUGGAUGGCAAAUUAAACAAGGGUCAAGAGUACUAUUUGCAGAUAGCCUAUUCAGGUCCAAUUCAUAUGAAACUUGCUGGUCUAUAUUUAAGUCGAUAUCAGAAUGAUCAGGAUAUAACGAGGUAUGCGGCAGUAACACAAAUGGAACCAACAGAUGCUCGCCGUAUGGUACCAUGUUUUGAUGAACCAGAAUUUAAAGCAAUUUGGAAAAUCAAAGUUAUUCAUCCGAGCGGUACUUCUGCUGUAUCCAAUGGAAUUGAAAUCAAAAAUGCUGCAAAAACGAAUGAUCCGAAUUGGGUAGUCACUUCAUUUAUCGAAUCACCACCUAUGUCAUCCUAUCUGCUAGCUCUAGCUGUUACUGAUUUUAAUUUCAUUGAAGGAACAACGAGAAUGGGAACAAGGUUCCGAAUUUGGUCUCGCGAAGAAGCUCUAAAUCAAACAAUUUAUGCUCUUAAAGCAGGAAUUUCAGCUUUGGAAUUUUACGAAGAUUAUUAUAAUAUUUCUUUUCCACUUAAAAAGCAAGAUAUGAUGGCUCUACCAGAUUUUGCUGCUGGGGCAAUGGAAAAUUGGGGUUUAAUAACUUAUCGCGAGAAGUUUCUGCUUUAUGAUGAAACAAUCUACACGCCAUCUCAGAAAGCUCGUGUUGCACUGGUUGUCGCUCAUGAAUUGGCUCAUCAGUGGUUUGGUAAUUUGGUGACAAUGAAAUGGUGGAAUGAUUUAUGGUUAAACGAAGGCUUUGCAACCUUUAUGGAAUAUCUCGGCGCUGAUGCAAUCAGUAAAGGCAAUUUCCACAUGAAUGAUUAUUUCUUGCAAGAUGCCGUGAUACAAGCAUAUCGGCGUGAUGGACAGGCUUCUUCUCAUCCCUUAUCAUUCCCAAUUGAUAAAGCUGAAGAUGUGAGUGAGGCAUUCGAUGCAAUCACAUAUGACAAGGGUUCCGCAAUAAUAUUCAUGAUUCAGCAUGUAAUGGGAUCUGAAAACUUCAAAAAAGGAUUACAUGAUUACUUAGAGAGCCACAAGUAUCGUAAUGCAGAUCAUGAUGAUUUAUGGGAUGCUCUCAAUGGAGCGGUUCCGGAAACACUGUUAUCAUGGGAAGGUGAUAAACUUGACAUACGAGAUUUUGCAUCAAAAUGGACUCAGCAGAUGGGUUAUCCAGUGGUUGAAAUAUAUCGGAUUGAUGAAAAUAAGAUUGAGCUGCGUCAAAAACGUUUCAAAUGGGAUGAAAAUGCGCUUGAGCGUGAGAAAUUUCGCAAUGCUAGGUUUUGGUAUAAAUAUGAUAUACCGAUAUGGUAUGCAUUAAAUGGAGAAGAAAUGCCAAUGACUUGGUUGCAUGAAUCACAAAGUUUGGAUGUGAGCAAAGAAGACCUUCUAGUUUUAAAUUUUGGUUCGAAAGGUUUCUACCGCGUCAACUAUGAUUUGGAAUUAUGGCAAAAAAUAACUGAUCAGCUGCUGAAGGACCCUACGAAAAUUGAUGUGCGUACGCGUGCUCGAAUCAUAGAUGAUGCUUUUGCUCUUGCGGAAGCUAACUAUAUUUCUUAUGAAAUCCCAUUAAAUCUAACGCAAUAUUUGCCAAUGGAAGAGGAAUUUCUUCCGUGGAGAAUGGCCUUAAAUGGCAUUAGUAUCAUUCUGGAGAAUUUCGGUGAUGAGCCUGAAACUCAAUAUAUUAGAGAUUAUUUGGAGCCGUUGCUUCGUCCAUUAUACAAUCGUAUCGAUUGGGAAAUUUUGGAGACAUCCUAUUUAAAUGACGAACUUUUCUUUGAAAAUGAGCUGCACUAUGCGAUCAUUCGUCAAAUGUAUUAUCUGCGCAAUAUAAAUUGUACGGAAAAACUACAUGGCCUGUUUCUUAAAAACUUUUUGAAUCAAUGUCAAGAUGAAAGUGUUCCAAGCAGUGAAUGCAGCACAGUUCCAGUACCAGUUCGUUCUCAGGUCUAUUGUGAAGGUAUACGAAUAGGUGCGGAGAAAAUAUGGAACAAAGUAUUUCAACUUUAUAAACGUGAGCGAAUUCAAGUAGAACGAGAACGGUUGCUUGUAGCUCUCACUUGUUCACGUGACUCAUUCAUUCUCAAGAAAUUUCUAAAAUUAGCAUCUAAUUUGAAUGAUUCAUCAAUUCGACUACAAGAUACGCCGACCACAUUUGGAUAUGUUAGUAUUGGAGAUGUCGGUCGUUUGAUCAUUUUCGAUUAUUUCCAGGAUAGCUGGUCCCAACUCUAUUCAGACAUGAAAGAGCAACAGAAUUUCUUACGACAAAUUAUAUUGAGCUCAACGUCAGUAUCAAAUGAAAGGCAAAUUUCACAGCUUGAAGCUUUUAUGAAGAAGUACAAGAAAGAUACGAGUAGGCUGGAUGUAUUUGGGCAACAACUGGAGAAGAGCAGAACCACAAAGCUGUGGCGUGACAGAAAUCUGAAGAUGCUUGCAGAAUGGUUUAGGAAACAGAAUAUGAAAAAUGCCUAA